AUGCAGCAAAUCCGUGUCCAUUUGCGGCAGGUUGACAAGGAGAUCCUUGACCUCAAUGAGCGAGAACUCAACGAAGUCCGAAGCUGGAUUGCAGGACCGGAGACUGAAACUGAGCAUAACAGCAUAUGUCAUGAUCGAAAGCAGUACCCCAGCAGCGGUGAUUGGAUUUUGGACGAGGCCAAGGUCAAGACUGGUUAUCUCCGUAUGGAUCAUCGGGCGUCCAGGGACAGGAAAAACCUUUCUGGCGUCAGUCUUGAUUGA